UGGGAAGCGGUUCUUCCACAUUUGUACAAUGUAUGUAACUUUUUUACUGACUCUAUUAGACUCUAAAUGAUGUUCUCACCGGGAUGAUCUUCUUCGGAACUCGACUGUACAUGCAAGAGAUUGACCAAAGUUCAAGCACAGCAGAUUGUACAGCAAUGGUGUUGCUGAACACAAGGAUCAUGGGGGAUUAUAUGCCGAUUGAGGAGAUGAUCAAACCCAACAGCAAGAUGCCAUGGGGAAAUCGUUUUACAUUCUUGCAAGUACCCAUACCCAAGUUAACUGAACUCUCAAAUGCGGACGACUUUAUCAGGAACACACACAAAAUGAUAAAGAAGAAGAGAAACUCUUUAGCUGUUUAUUUCACUAGUAGGCUAUUGGAGAUUGUGAACAAAUUUGGAAGCCAUGAGGCAUCCAGCAGAUACAUUCAUCGCACAUUGAAGAACUCGAGCAUGGUAAUCUCGAAUAUGAUUGGACCCGUGGAGCAGAUGUCUUUGGCUAAUCAUCCAAUUAAAGGUUUCUACUUUUUGGUUCCUGGUUUACCUCAG